AUGAGCCAAGCGGCCGCGACGGACCCCUCGCCGGCCCCAACCUCUCCUCCGUCCUUCUCCGAAGACGCAGCAGCAGCAGAAACGACAGGAACCACGACGGGCACGACCUCCGCGACGGCGUCGCCAGCCCUGCAGCAGCAGCAGCAACACCAAGACCACCAGCUAGACGAGACCACGCCACCAACGGACCAGGACGUCCACGAGAUCACCGCCCACCUCGCCGCAGCCGCCAAGCACCCGUCGGCCGCUACCUCUGCAGUGUCGUCGUCGUCGUCUGCAGCCGGUAUAACCGCCGCCGCCACUCCUGGAACCCCCUCGUCUACUAGCAACAGGAAGAGCGACAUCGACGACAGCAGCGCCAACCCGAACCCCGAAAGUAUCCUGAUCCUCGACGACGAGGAAGAGGUUACGAGCUACUGGGAUGCUGAAGCCAUGGCUCCGCUCAACCCAAUAUCUGCAGCGGCCAUCUCGCGCCUACGCCGAUAUGUCCCGCCUGCCUUCCCGCUCUGGGACCGAUUGCCCGUCAGCCGCCGCGCGGCAGUCCUGAUACUCUUGUACGCGGACCGUAGAGGCGACCUGCGCGUCGUGAUCACGAUGCGCGCGGCGAGUCUGCGGAGCUUCUCCGGGCACGCAGCGUUCCCUGGUGGAAAGGCCGACACGCUACAAGAGACGCCGUCCAGACGAGAAGCGUGGGAAGAAAUCGGCCUGCCCAUGGACGAUGCCCGCAUCCCCAAACCGUUCAAGAUCGAGCCCCUGUGCUACCUCCCCUACAACCUCGCCCGCACGGAGCUCGUCGUCCGCCCCUGCGUGGCCUUCCUCCACGCCGACGAGGAGCCCGACGAGCACCCGAGCCCGCUCGUCGAGGAGCGCAUGAUCCCGCGCCUGGACGCCAAGGAGGUGGCGGCCGUCUUCUCGGCGCCGUUCCAAAACUUUUUGCGGGCCAAGGACCCGGAGCCGCAGGAGGGCGCGCAGCAGGAGAAGAAGAAGAGGGCGCUGCCGCCGGGCCACUGGUACGACGGCAACUGGAUCCAGUGGAAGGAGCACCCGUGGCGCGUGCACAACUUUUACGUGCCCGUCGACGACCAGCGCGUCACGACGCCGGGCAACGCCAUGGAGGCGGACCACCCGCAGAGCAACCUCGCGGAGAAGCUCGAGGAGGACAAGGUGGGCCGCUUCAAGGUGUGGGGGCUGACGGCGCACAUGCUGGUGGACGCGGCGCGCAUCGCGUACGGCAAGGAGCCCGAGUUUGAGUGCAACUCGCACUUUGGGGACGAGGACAUCAUCUUGCAGGCAGAGAGGGAGGGGAGCCUGGUCGACAAGAAGAGGAAGCGGGACGAGGCGACGACGACUGUCACGGCGGGAGACAAGACGGAGCCUGCAAAGAUGUAG